ACGGAAACGGAAGUGGUCUCGUGUUUGGAAGAUGAGUUCCUCUUCUGUUGAGGAUCCGAAGCCGGCGUCAGUGGAGAAGACAACCGAAAAAGAGGACUUGCCAAAGACUUGGUUUAGUUCUCUAACUCGGCUGUUUCGAGAAAAAUUGUUUCUGAAAAUGCCUUGUGCAUGUAAUCGGAAUAACUGGAGGAGAUGGAUCAGACCUCUGCUCGUAUUUCUUUAUGCAUCGGCUCUUCUUGUUUCGGUACCGGUCUGUAUUUGGGAAUUCCAAAAGAUGAAGGUCGGAAUACACACAAAAGCAUGGUUUAUUGCGGGGAUAUUUCUGCUGCUGACCAUCCCCGUGUCUCUGUGGGGAAUCCUGCAGCACCUGGUGCAUUACACUCAACCUGAACUUCAAAAACCGAUAAUAAGGAUCCUUUGGAUGGUCCCAAUAUACAGCUUGGAUAGUGUAUGUAUAUUUUAUUAUAUUUCAUUAAGAAUUUUAUGACAUUUAACUGUGCCUUCUAGAGAAUGUUUAAUAAGGUAAU